CCAAGAAACCCUACCCCUCUUUUCUCUCUCUAUCUUUCUCUCUCCUCCGGUAAAAAUAAUUUAUUUUUCAAAAAGAUUUUUGAAAAAUAACUUCCCCCAAAUCAACAAAUGUGGGUUGCUCCAAAUCGAACACUCCGGCGAAUUUCAAACCCUAAAAUUUGAGAAUCAUCGAAUCGAUCCACGCGAUUUCGUUCUUUAACCGGCGGUUGCUGUUAUCUGAUGAUCUUAAAUUCGCUAAAAUUGAGUAUGAUGCGAUCUAUGAAUUGGGGGUUAUGUGUUUUGUCAAUUGGAUUGAAUAAUUGAUGAUGGAAAACGGUGAUAGAAAGCUAAGUGGUGCUGGAACUUCGAAGAAAAGUAGAUCAUUGGAUAUUAAUAGUCUGUAUAAAUCUGUAAGUCCAAGGGAAGGGCAUAAGAACAAGAGGAAGACAAUCGUGGAUGAUGAUCGUGAUAACAAAGUUAGUAAAAAGAAGAAGAAGAGCAGGAAAGAGGUGUCACUGAGUACUUUUGAAGCACAAGAUGAUUCACAGGGGGAUGAUGAGUCAAGGAAAAUACUAAGUAGAAGUGGUAGAGCUGAUGGUAUUUCACUAACCUUGGAUGAUAAGGAUGAUGUUAUAAGAAUUCCGAAGCGGCGAAGGGAUUUUAUAGGCCGCAAGAGAUAUGGAAGCAAUCAAACUUCCAAGCCUCAAAGUCCAUCUCAUAAUGACAUCAUUAGUCCUGUUGAUCACAUUUCCAAGUUGAAAACAAGUUCCAAGAAGCAUGUGCCUAGCUCUAACAAGUUGGGUGAAGGCGAAUCCAUAGUCCCCUUGGUUAAGUCGAAUGGAAAUUCUUCAGAUAAAAUUCUUUCUCCUAGUUCCAGGAAUAAAAAAGAACUUGAUAGCUACAGUCAUACUGGAAAAAAUAUGAUUCAGGAUGUUAGAGAGGAAGAUGAUCAUUUAGUUGUUAACAAUGGUGAAGCAUCUUCUAGAAAGCACAAGACCAAUCAUAAGAAAAGGAAGGCUGAUAAAUUGGCAGAUAAUUCAUUCAAGAAGAUAGGCGACUCCCAAGAUGAGGAUGAGGAGAAUCUUGAGCAAAACGCUGCAAGAAUGCUUUCAUCUCGAUUUGACCCAAGCUGCACCGGAUUCUCUUCAAAAAGCAAAUCUUCUUUAUCAGCUGCAGAUAAUGGGCUUGAUUUCUUUGUUCCUUCUGAUAGCGACAUUGUUAGUGGAAGUGCCAACUCUGUAGCUGCCUUAGAGUCCGCGUCGCCAGAUGCUUCCAGUCGAAUACUCCGUCCGAGGAGGGAGUUUAAAGUGAAGGGCCUCAAUAGAAAACGUCGACAUUUCUAUGAGGUCCUUUAUAAGGAUAUCGAUGAGUACUGGGUCAUCAACAGGAGGAUCAAGGUAUUCUGGCCAUUAGAUGAGAGCUGGUAUUAUGGUCUGAUAAAUGAUUAUAAUGUUAAAGAAAAACUACAUCAUGUUAAAUACGAUGACAGGGAUGAAGAAUGGAUUAAUUUGAAGAAUGAAAGAUUUAAGCUUUUGCUUCUUCCUAGUGAGGUUCCUUGUAGGAAACCAUCAAGACCCUCUGCUGCUAAAAAAAGGGAUACAAAUGAAAGGAACCUGUCUGUGGAUGAUGACAGUGUUGCAGGAAACUACAUGGACUCGGAGCCAAUAAUCUCAUGGUUGACCCGCUAUUCUCAGCGUCUCAAAUCAUCUUCUUUGAUUGGUUCAAAGAAGCACAAAACAUCUAAUCAUACUCAGACCCAUACGGAAUCUAGUGGUACUUAUGAGUGCUUGGGCAUAGGUUCUUCAAAAACUGUUAUGAUAAAAUCCUCUAGUGAUUCUGUUCUAGAGGGUGGUGCAAAUGAGAUGUCAGUGCAAGCAACCACUAGUCACCACAAAGAUAGAAGAUUUCCUGUUGUUUAUUACAGGAGGCGUUUUCGGAAGAAAGAUGAAGAUCUGGAACCUAUGGAAGAGCAUGAUCUCUUUUCUAAAAGGCUGAACUUGCAUGGUUUACGUUGUUAUUUUAGUAGUGCAGAAGCAACCACAUUGACCGUUCCCUUUAUUGAACUAACAGAGUUCAAUUUUAAGUUUCACUCUCCUAUUCAUGCCAUUAAGUAUGCAUAUAGAGCAGAGAAUUCAUGGUUUCGGCACAUGAUACUGCUGCAAUAUGGCUCAGUUGUUGUUGUAUGGCCUAAUGUACAUUUAGAAAUGCUUUUAGUUGAUGAUAUAGUUGGAUUGAGGUCCCUUGUUUUCGAAGUUUGUUUGGAUCAAGCUGUGGAAAUUGUAUCCUUGAUUUUCAGAAUAUUUCACCUACCUAUGGAAAAGGAAAAUUACGUGGAUCCACAGUUGCCAUAUACUUCAGUGUGGUUUAAGCUUUCAUGUUUUCAUGGUAUAAGAAAGGAGCAGCUCUAUACAUUUCACAGCUUUACUAAAAAUAAAUUUGCAAAGUGGUCCUUCCUUGAUUACAAACUGCAGCAAUAUUGUUCUUCCUCCAAGACAUUAUCAAUUUCUGAAUGCACGCAUGAUAACAUCAAUGCGCUGGAAGGUGCAAGAAAUCACUUGCAUAAAAGUUCUAGUUGUAAGAAGUUCAGCAUGUUUGAGGGACUACGGAACAAGUUUAUGCAAACUAAUCGCAUGGGCGUUUCUAAGGAACCUUGCAAUUUGGCUGUGAGUCCAUCUUAUCCUAGCUCCAAUGGGAAGAACACAAAAAUUCCCAAUUUUACUCUUUCUUUUACUGCUGCACCUACUCUCUUCCGCAAUCUGCAUCUUAGUCUUCUUGUGGAAAGAAGUAUUACAUGUAUGAGUCUUGAUGAUCAUGAUUUGAUGUAUUCACAGAAGAACAAGGAAGGCUUCGCUGCUCCUAUUGCUGAUGACUUUUUAGUUGAAACUUUCUCCAAGAGUGCUUUGGAAGUAGCUUCUCCUGAAAAUCCUGGAACCACUUUGAUGAAAUCAGAUAAUUCUGGAAUAAAUGUUGUCCACUCCUUAUGCUGUGAUGGUGAUCUGGUGAAAUCUACUAAUAAUCUGCAAAAAGGUGGACUGAAUGUUUCAGAAGAUUUGAUUUUAUUAGAAUGUCAUGAAAAAAAUCCAGUUGAUGCGACUCUGGAAACAAAGAAAUGUGAUAACAAUCACCUUGAAUUAGAAAGGAUUGCUAACUUUCCACAACCCAUCAGUUCUGAGGUUCAUUUGUCUGUAGACAUAUCUGCUGCCAUGUCUUACUCUAGUUUGAACAGUCUUUCUGUUGAAAUUCCAUUGAUGGAGCAAGUUGAACGGCAUGAUAUUGCUAAAACACCUAGUUCCCAUCGGCCAACUGAUCUGUCUUGGAAUCGGAGUUCUGGUUUAAAUCAUUCUUCCAAUCAUACUGGUCCUAAAAGAAGUGUGUGGCAUCAAAACAAAAAUGCUCCUACUUCAUCCUCACUUGGAGGUAUCUCACAUGUGUCGACUGAUGGAAAAACAGACUUAUUCCAGAUUGCCUUUGGACAUGGACCAAAGAAGCCUCGCACUCAGGUUCAAUAUACCUUACCUUCUCUAGGUUUGGAUGUUAGCUCUAAGCGGGCAAGCCAUGGACCAAGAGGGCUCUCAUACGGGAGGAUUAGGAAAUCCCAUGAGAAGGGGGCAUUAGAUUCUUCCAAAAAUGCUGUAAAAAAUAUGGAAUUGUUAGCUUGUGAUGCAAAUGUAUUAGUCACAUCUGUGGAUAAAGGUUGGAGAGAAUGUGGUGCGCAAGUGGUAUUGGAACUUGCAGAUCAAAAUGAAUGGAAACUUGCAGUUAAACUUUCAGGGUCUGCCAAAUAUUCAUACAAGGCACAUCAAUUCCUGCAGCCUGGGUCAACAAAUCGCUAUACUCAUGCUAUGAUGUGGAGAGGAGGAAAGGAUUGGGUUUUGGAAUUUCCUGAGAGGAGUCAGUGGAUGCUUUUCAAGGAGAUGCAUGAAGAGUGUUAUAACCGUAACAUUCGCGCUGCUUCGGUUAAAAAUAUUCCCAUUCCCGGGGUUCGUCUAAUAGAAGAGUCAGAUGAUAUUUACACAGAAGUACCAUUUGCAUGCAACCCUUCUAAGUACAUUUGUCAGGAUGAAAAUGAUGUAGACAUGGCCACAGAUCCUGCACGGGUGUUAUAUGACAUGGAUAGUGAAGAUGAAAGAUGGAUUUUAAAUAAGAAUAUAUCACUGCAAAUUACAGGGACCAAAUGUGAACAGAUUCCUGAGGAAUUAUUCGAAAAGACGAUGGACAUGUUUGAGAAAGUUUCUUAUACCAAGCGCCGUGAGAAUUUUACAUCUGACGAAUUAGAAGACUUUAUGGAUGGAAUUGGACCAAUGGCAGUUGUUGAUGAGAUAUAUAAGCACUGGCUUCUGAAGAGGCAGAACAAAGGGAUGUCAUUAAUUCGACAUUUGCAGCCGCCAAUGUGGGAGAUAUAUGAUCACCAAGUAAAAGAAUGGGAGAAAGCAAUGACCAAAGCUAAUAAUGGCAUCUCCAGUGGAUGCCACCAAGUGAAAGCUUCUAUGCAGAAACCUCCUGCCUUUGCUUUUUGUUUGAAACCAAGGGGUUUGGAAGUUCCCAAUAAAGGUCCAAAACAAAGAUCCCAAAGAAGACUUCCACUACCUGCACUUGGCAACAAUUACAUGGGGUAUCAAGACAACCUCCAUGCCUAUGGGAGGAGAUCAAGUGGGUCUGGUUAUGGAGAUGACAAGUUUAAUCUCCAAGGAAACGGGCAUGAAAUGGGUGAUGCCAAUGGAUCAAGAUAUGCCACUUUGGGUGGUGGCAGUAGUGAAGGAGGGUCUGAGUGGACUCCUGGUCCAAAGCUCCACAGGAGUAAAUCAAAGAAGAAUGGUACAUUUCCAUCCCCCAUUAAUAGUCCACGAAUGUUGGGAAGUUCUUCCUACAAUCAGAGGACAAGCAAGAGAAACGACAAUGGUAGGAUGAGUAAUUGGAACACAGGUUUUCCGGAGUGGCCAAAUCAGAAGCAGCAGCAUCAUUGCCAUCUAUUUGAACCGUUGGAUGGAAAAGAUCUCGAUGAAUUCAGGCUGAGGGAUGCAUCUGGUGCAGCUCAGCAUGCGCUGAACAUGGCUAAGUUGAAAAGGGAGAAAGCUCAGAGAUUAAUGCAUAGAGCAGAUUUGGCUAUUCAAAAGGCUGCAGUUGCUCUCAUGACAGCCGAGACUAUUAAAGCUGCUGCUAAAGAAUCUAAUGGGGAUGACGACGAUGAUGAUGAUGGCUAGUAUUUUGAGAACAAAAGAAUCAUAUAAUAUAGUGAAUAGAAGACUUUUUUUUUCUUUCAGCUGGCAGUUAAUUCUCUUUUAACUAUUGGCCAGCUUGUAUAUGUUUCCUUAUCUCUAGUGAUUCUGUAGAUCCGUCUAACUUGUUGACAAGCAGUGGCAGGACCAGUAAUAUUGCCAUUUGCUACAGCUCAGGACUGCAUUACAUUGAUGAAGAGAUGAUGGUGAUGCUGGGGAGCAGUUUUGGGGAAAUAAUACAAAUGGUGCUGGGAGUUAAAGAAGAGAUGAAAGUUGUUGGUAUUGAAGAAACUUGGUAUAUGUUUUUGUUGGCAGAGAAUAGAGAAAAAGAAAAUCUGUAAGUAAUUUUCUCUGAACUAUUAUUAGAAGAUAGAUCUCAUUUUGAGCUCUAACUAAAAAGGCUUUGAUUUCAUGACCUUCUCUAUGUAUAGAUGAUGAUGAUGAUUCAUUUUGUUUGGCUCAGCAUAUUUUUCAUGCAGUUUGCAUGAUCUCUUCGACAGUUAUUUUAUUUUUUUGGCCAGAUUUUUUGUUUCAAAUGUUAGGUAAGACCGAAUUGCAUCAGGGUGAACAUGUUUUAUUUUUCUAUGUAAUUCCAAAUUGAGUUUUGAACUUGUUGGAAAAGUUCUAAUUGAUUAUCAUUUUUUUAGGUUUAUUGA